AUGUCGAAUCCUCACGUUAGUGUAUCGUCUAGCGUGUAUUCGGAAAUCGAAGCCGACUAUAAAACGAAACGAUCUACGAACCACUUCCCAAGUAUCGAAGAAGAUGAGCAAGAAAGUCUCGACUCUGAUUUUGAGGGUUCUGACACGAACUCAAUACGCAAGUCUCUUGACAGAAUGCAUUUCCCUCAGACAAAGUCUGCCCAAACGAUCUUUUCGCAACAAUCCCAAGAAUCGCAUGCGAGAAGCAAUCAUCUGUACAGCGAUAUUAGCACGAAUAGCACAAGCAGUUAUCAUGAGCCCUACAGGCGGAUAGAUAACGACGAGACACCGCGUCUAAAUGAACACGGUCAGUUUCUUGACCAUGACAAAACUCCAAAAAUGAAAGAUUGGAGAGCACACACUAAAAGUCCUAAAGUCCUUGUACCAGAUGCUUCAACUGAAGUCCAGAAACUGCCACCAAACUUCACUGACUCAACUCUCGCAAUGAAAUUUCAGCGACUUUCUUCUACUUUGCAACAGAAUGACUCAAAAGUUUCUCAAGAAUCCCAAAAAUUUCAAGUAUCUUUUUCUCUGAACGUCGAACGCGCGAAAUCAUUGAACCCAGGCACGUCAAGAACCAGCCAAUACUACAAGAAAGUCCACUCUAAUCCAAAAGAUGAGCCAAGUGAUAGACAACAGCAAAGUUCAUACAAUGGCUCUGCGUCGACCAAUUCGCAACAAAAUUCUUACAGUAAUGACAAUAAUGCGAGCAUGGGCUCUCAGCAUGAUUUUGCUUCUGGUGGCUUGAAUAUUUCGUUUUCGCAGGAUCGAGAGUUGACAAGCGACAACUACUCCUAUGUUCCUACUGAAAACUUAAGUUCUGAACAAGAUCGUAGAUAUUCUGAUCCCGAUCCGGAAGCUGACAUGUCUGUUUUAUUUAUUCGUGCCCUUCACUCCUUUGACGCGACCGAGUCUCAAACCGAGUCUAUGAACUCCGUGUGUCUAUCAUUCGAGAAAGGAGACUUAGCAUUUGUUCACACGAUCGAUGAUUCUGGCUGGGGUGAAGUAACACUCCUUGAAACCUUGGACAGAGGUUGGAUACCAAUGAAUUUUUUUUCGAUGGCUGUCAACAGUGCCGCAAAUGUGGAUACUGAAGAUGGUGAAAGUGCCCUCCAAUACGCUCAUUACAUGUGGAAGCUCUUGAAUUCGUGUGGUAAAUUUCUCAUGAACCCAAUAUCUCACAUAACAAAACAUGGAGUCAAAACUUUUUCAAUUCGAAUCGUGAAUGAGAUUCGUGAUGGUGUCCGAUCUUUGUUACAGGAAACAGAUUGUUUAUCUCGCUCCAAUGAAAUUGUCAUUAAGAGGCCAAUAGUUCGAAAAUGCAGAAAGACGCUUCUUUCAGACUGGUAUAAUUUGAUGCUAAAAGCUAACGAUUUUCGAGGAACCUCUAAUUAUGACAAGAUUGAAAUUUUGACCUUGUUGAUUUUUCAGGUAAUCCGCCGUGCUGCCGCGUUUUUUAGAGUCUGGUUGUCUGAGAGUAGUGAUAUAAUCAAAAGAGAAUCAGAGAAGUCUCUUCAAACAGACUUGAGUCAAUAUCCCCUCUUAUCAAGUCCUCCAAUGGCGAGACAACGGGUGACCGAAAUCAAUGGUAUUCUCUACUCAUAUUUGGGUCUAAUAAUCGGCAGACUUGAUAUUAUCGAGCACAACCCAGCAGGAUGUGAUGUCUUGGAAAGUGUUGUUCAUCAUAUUAUUCUUUUAUUGCGGGAGCUUUUGUUCAUCUCAAAAACCGGAUCCAAUUAUUCUAUGACAAAGCCCGCCGAACUUGACAAUUCGUUGGACUCACUUCUUUCGCUUGUGAGUGAAAUAGUAACGGGAGUCAAGAGCUUAGUAAUUCUAACUAUGAAUGAGCACAAGAGAAACGCAAAUCCAGAGCUUGGCAACCAUAACGAUGACCAGUAUCUAUACACAGUGGAGGGUAAACGCUUGAUUUACAUAGCUGCAAAGAUGGUUACCACCAUUCAAGUCACCAUUUCAUGCAUCAAAAAGAUAUUUGAGAGUAUUGGCGAUUAUAAAUUGAGCUCCGAAAGGUCAUAUCCUGAUUAUUCGCAGAUGCGCAUCGAUCCUGAUAUAUUCAUCAAUAAGUGUACUAUGGGCCUCGCGAAAUCCCACUCGGUGAAAAAUAGGGACUUACGAUCUAUGAAGCUGAAGAUUCCCGCUAACUCAAACAGAUAUUCAAUGAUAAGGUCAGGUAACAAGGGCAAUCUUGGUAUCACAGCAAACGGUGUCAAUGUUCUUCAUAAGAUCUUACUCGUUGAAAGUGAUGAUAACACUCCUUUUGGAUCUGAUUUGCAGGAAUUUCAAAAGUAUAAACCUUCAAGUGACACAGAUUCAAGAAAAGAUUCUUCUGCGAUCAAAGAUGAAUUGCUCGUUGAUGCCAAUGGGAAUUUAUUAGGUGCUUCACUCAAGGGUCUCGUAUUCACCUUAACGGACGAGAUAUCUCCUCCUGAGUACUUUUUCGUUUCUACAUUUUUCAUUUCCUUCAGAAGUUUUGCGAACGGGCUUGACUUAAUGGAGAAAUUAAUCAGUCGAUUCGAAUCAGUUGCCGCAGACGACAACAGAAAUGAUAUGCUGCAAGAAGUUCGAGCCAAGAAUAGGCGGAAAUUAAUUUGCAAAGUAUUUCAAAUCUGGCUCGAGUCCUAUUGGGAUUCAGAAUCAGAUUCAGUCUACUUAGCCACAUUGAUUAAUUUCUUCAACGAAUGUGUUUUCAAAUUCUUACCGAUUGAAGCAAUGAAACUAAUUGAGAUCGCCGUUUGUCUCAUAGAACAGGAGGAAAAACCUAGUAAACAACUCGUUCAUCGUCACAUCACACUUGCCAAAAUGGAAAGAAAGAACGCGAUAACAAAGGGCUCAAACAAUGACGCUUUAACUUCAAGAUACUCUAUGAUAGACGGGUAUGAGCUUUCAAGAAUUAAUACUAAUAGUUCAGUCGCAAGCUCUUUGAAGUCUCUAACUCUUCCAAUGCCGCUUGGAAUUAGCGGUCAAACCUCUUCGUCGAGCUCUUUGUUGACGAAGAGCCAAUUGGGCAAUAUCGAGGCUCUUGUUAUUGCUCAUCGUAGGAUCUUAGGUGAGCAGUGGUGCCCCAUCGAUCUCAUAAAUUCAAGGGAUUUCCGUGCCUUGGAUGUGGAUCCUUUGCUUCAGCGCUGGGCUACUCUUUGUCAAGGUGAGUGGAAUAUCACCAAUCAUCAAACAAGGCUCGUGGACUUCAAUGGACUUGAAGUUGCAAAGCAGCUCACACUCAUUGAAUCGGAGAUUUUCUGUUCAAUUGGAGUUGAUGAGCUUGUUAACAAUCACUACAUGUCCGAAAAAGCUCACUUAAAACGUGCAGAAAAUGUGCGCAUUUCAGUUUUAUUCACCAACAGUCUCUCGGGCUACGUUCUCGAAUCAAUUUUGCAGCCAGACAUUUCGUUUCAAAAGCGUACCAACAUUUUGAAAACAUGGCUCAAAGUGGCAAUCUCAUGUCUUUAUUUAAGGAACUUCAAUUCACUUGCAGCAAUUAUCACUUCCUUGCAGUCUCACUUGGUCACUAGGGUUUCAAGAAUUUGGGAGGACCUUUCGGAAAAGUAUCAGGACUUGUACGAUUAUCUAUGCAGCAUUAUCCACCCUGAGCGUAACUAUAGUGUUUACAGGACAAAACUCAAGAGCUUUCUUCUGGCCAACGACUACAAUAUUCCUGUCGUACCAUACUUCUCUUUGUUUCUCCAGGACUUGACUUUUGUUUCAGAAGGUAAUCCCAACUAUAGAAAGGCUAAUACGUUUCUUAACCAGAAACUCAUCAACAUUGAUAAAUACUUGAAACUCACUAGGGUCUUGGCAGAUAUUGAGAGUCUACAAAUUCCUUACCUGAGGGAGCCCGCUGAGAAGACAAGGAAGUUCUCGAUCAGUGGCCCAAAACGAAGUUCAGAUUCUAUGGAUGACUACACCAUUGCCGCUGUUCCAGCCCUCAAAGAAUUGAUACUCUUAGAGCUUUGGAAACUCUCUCAAGUGAACAAAAAAGACGACGACAGAGCGUGGAAACUCAGUUGUGUAAUCCAACCAAGAGAGAGUUCCUCUUCUUCUCAUCUGAUAGAUUAA